AUGGAGUACUUAUCCUACUUGUGGCGUUGCAGGAAGAAGGCUGCUAGAUGGAUUUUAUGGAGUGACGAAAACCUAGGCAGGAGGUACUAUGAAUGCCUAAAUUUUUUGAUCCAAGCAUUGCCAGUUUGGCUGGUGGAUGUGAUUUGUGGAUUUGUAAGUACGGGUCGCCAGGUGUUCCCCUCACCGUGUGAUAGUGUGAUGGUGAUGGACUUGGAUGAGCCGCUCGACGCGGCGGCCGCCGAGAAGGGCGAGGCGGCGCUGCGUCGGCUGAGCAAGGCCGACCCGGCGCUCUUCCUCUCCCCCUCAGUGGACCUCGCCGCCGCCGCCCGAGCGGCCUCGCGGCACAUCUACUCCUCUCUUGCGCCGCUCUCCCUCGCUCAGCCGCCGCCGCUUCCUACCCUCCUCGUGGACCCCGCCUUCGACGCCGAGCAGAUUUGGUCCCAGAUUGAGCUGCUCACCCGCCCGCUCCUCCCCCACCUGCGCCGCCAGCUCCGCCGUCUCGAGCAGCAACCCCCCUCACAACAGCCUCCUGUGGCGACGCCUGCUGUUGCCGAGGGUGAGCUGUUGGAGGAGGAUGGAGAAAGUAGUGAAUCAGAGGAGUUGAAGAAUGAGGAGGAGGAGUUGGAGGGGACAGAGGAUGAGGAGGAGUCGGAGGGGACAGAGGAUGAGGAGGAAAUGGGCGAGGAGGAGGAGGAAGAAGCGGAGCUGGAUGGGAGAGGAGGGAAUGGGGUGGAGGAUAAGUUCCUGAAGAUAGAUGAGUUGACGGAGUUCCUGGAGAAGGGUGAGGAAGAGGAGUAUGGUGGUGGUGCCAAGCGGAGAGAGAAGAAGGCGGCAAAAAACUGGAUGGUUGAGAGUGAUGGUGAGGAUGACGAUGAGGAUGAAGACGAGGACCAAUUGGAUUUAGAAGAUUUUGAGGAUGAUGACGAGGAGAGUGAAGCAGGCGGUGGAGAUAUUCGUUAUAUAGAUUUUUUUGAGAAGGGACAUAACAAGCAAGUUAAGAAGAGAGAUGGUUCCAUAAAGAAAGUUCAAUUCAAGGAUGAUCAAGCACAUGAAUCUGAACUUGAUGACAGUGAGAAUGAUGAUGGAAAUGAUGAUCAAGAGCAAGGUCUCUCAACUCAUGAAAAGGAGCGUCUGAAGAUGCGUGCUAAAAUAGAGCAAAUGGAGAAAGCUAGCCUUGAACCCAGCACAUGGACCAUGCAGGGAGAGGUUACUGCUUCUAAGAGGCCCAAAAACAGUGCCCUAGAAGUGGACCUUGAUUUUGAGCACAAUGUAAGACCUGCCCCUGUAAUCACCGAGGAAGUGACAGCUUCCCUUGAAGAAAUGAUAAAGAAAAGAAUCGCAGAGAGUCAUUUUGAUGAUGUUGAGAAACCUACUAUGUUGCCAUCUAAAGCUCCAAAGGAGCACAAGGAACUGGAUGAAACUAAGAGCAAGAAGGGUCUUGCUGAACUCUAUGAGGAUGAUUAUGCGCAAAAGGCAGGCAUUGCACCUGCCCCUCUUUCUAUUUCAGAUGACCUAAAGAAAGAGGCAAAUACUUUAUUUAAGCGGAUAUGUUUGAAAUUGGAUGCGCUAUCACAUUUCCACUUUGCUCCAAAGCCAGUCAUUGAGGAUAUGUCUGUACAAGCAAAUGUGCCUGCUUUAGCCAUGGAAGAGAUUGCACCUGUAGCCGUUUCUGAUGCGGCAAUGCUUGCCCCUGAAGAGAUCUUUGAAGGAAAAGGUGAUGUUAAGGAAGAGGGGGAACUUACACAGGCUGAGCGCAAGAGAAGAAGAGCUAACAAGAAAAGGAGAUAUGCAGCAUCCCAUAAGGAGAGGCCAGCGAAGUUGCAGAAAGAAUAA